AUGUGGUCUUGGUUCGGCGGCGCAUCCGCCCAGAAGCGCAAGGAGGCGCCCAAGAACGCUAUCCUGAUGUUACGUGGACAGUUGGACAUGCUACAGAAGCGGGAAAAGCACCUCGAGAACCAGAUUGCGGAACAAGAUGCCGCAGCACGGAAGCAUGUCAAUACGAAUAAGAACGCCGCUAAAGCCGCUCUGCGACGGAAAAAACAGAUCGAGAACACCCUUGAGCAGACAUCAGCGCAGAUCAUGCAGCUUGAACAGCAAGUAUACUCGAUCGAAGCGGCGAAUAUCAAUUACGAGACACUUCAGGCUAUGAAGCAGGCUGGUUCGGCGAUGGAACAGAUUCACGGUGGAAUGAACAUUGAGCAGGUUGAUGAAACGAUGGCCAAACUUCAGGAACAACACAGCCUGGCGGAGGAGGUCAAUGCUGCGAUUACUUCUACCCCGUUGGGCCAGCAGCUCGACGAGGACGAGCUGGAUGCCGAGCUGGAGGGACUGGAGCAGGAGGCUAUGGACGAGCGGAUGCUCAACACUGGUCCUGUACCAGUCAAUUCACAGCUGGACCGUUUACCGGCCGCUGGAACUUCAGAUUUAAACAAAAACAAGACAGCGAUAACCGAGGACGACGAGGAGGCGGAACUGGCCAAGCUGCGCGAGGAGAUGGCUAUGUAG